AUGCCCGCCACGCGAGCCUCUGCAACGGGCCUCGAAGCCUCCAACAUCAUUGAGGGCUCCCGCAAGCGGUCCAGGCCCACCGCUGACCAUGCCGACGAUGCACAGCGCCAAGGCUCGGGCGCUGCCGCCGCCGCCACCGGUUCCAUAGAGCGCCGCAUCAACGCCCUCACCCGCGACCAGGUCACCCAGCGCGGCUUCCACCUCCUCAACGCCCUCAUGGACGCCCGCGAUCCAGCCGACGGCGGCCUCCUCUGCGAGCCCUUCCUCAAGCUGCCCAGCAAGCGCCAGUACCCGGACUACUACGAAAUCAUCAAAAAGCCCCUCACCCUCGAAGACGUCCGCAACCGCCUCAACAAGGGCCAGUACGCCUCGCUCCCCGACGUCAAGCACGACUGCGACACCAUCUGCAACAACGCAAAGCGCUACAAUGUCCGCGACAGCGAAAUCUUCCAGAUGGCAAAGGAGCUCCAUAGUGUCGUAAAGUUGACCUAUGUCUCCAUCAUCGAGUCGCUGCCAGAGCCCGCCCCGGCAUCGGCCAAGCCUCUCCCGACAGCAGGCGAGCGGUCAGAGCAGUCCGACCCACCUUCGGCCGCCGCCGCCGAUGCUGUCAAGCAAGAAGAAGGUCGCUCCGCUCCGAGGUCCAAACGCAUCACGCUUCGCCACAGCCGGUCCAAGCAGAAACUGUCCAGCGAAGCACCAGCGGCCUCGGAGCCAGCGCCGCCGUCGUCGGACCCUGCUCCGGACGCGCAGGAGGGGCAGAAGGCCUUGGAAGUGCCAUCGCGAUUACGCCCACAGCGGGACACGCAGCCAUCGGCGGCAGCCCCGUCCGAAGUCAAGACCGAGACCCAAGGAACCCAGAGCGCCCUAUCUGCGGCUGCAGCGGCGACGCCGGCCGGCGAGGCGGCGCCAACAGAAGGGUCAGCUUCGAGCACAGCAGCGGCUGCUGCUGCCGCCGCCGCCGCCGCCGCCGCCGCCGCCGUCAGGACCGAUGCCGGUGCUGACGCGGAUGCCGACGCCGAGGGUGAAGACGACGACAUGAUGGACGUCGACGACGACGGCGCCGAAGGCUCGCAGCGCUCGGGAUACACGCGGACCGAGUCGCCCAUGGACCACAGCGCCGCAGGACUGACCAAGGGCGGCCUGCUCGACGGCCGAAAGCGCCCAGGAAAGCGGGGCAAGCGCCUUAAGGCCACGCUGCGGGGCCUGAUUGCGAACCUGCGCAAGGUCGUCGGGCGGCAAGGACAUCCCCUCACGCAGUUCUUUGACGAGCUGCCAUCGCAGCAGCAGUACCCUGACUAUUAUAGCGUCAUCCAGGAGCCCAUCUCCCUGGCCAUGAUUGAGCGUCGGGUCCACGACAAGCGCUACGUCAACGCCUACGCCCUCUUUGUGGAUCUCGAGCACAUGCUCGACAAUGCGCAGACCUACAACGAGCCUGGGUCCACCGUGUGGAACGACGCCGAGGAGAUCAAGGGAUACCUAGAGAGCGUCGCCAUCCCUUCGCUGCUCGAGGACGGCUUCACGCUGGAAAAGGACGACGUGCGUCAGUCGGCGCUCCCGCUCCACCUGGCAGCCAACAGCACCAUCGAGGCUCACAAGGCGGCGUACCGCCUGCUGGUGGCCAAGAGCCAGGGACUCGAUCCCAGCUCGGACAUGCAUUCGAUGACCUCGGCGAGCCCGGAGCCGAGUGGGACCAGGCUGCGGCUGGGCUCGGCCGCGGCACAGGGCGCCGCUGCGAUGCAGUCUCCCAGCCUCAAUGGCGACCGUCCGCUCCCGGCGGCCUCGGCCUCGCCCAUGGGUGCGCACAUGUCACCGCCUCGAGCGGCAGGUCGUCUCCCAACUGCAAUGUCUCCUCCGUCGGUCGCCCAGCCGUUUGGCAGCAUGGCACCGCCAGGCGCGGCGAUGUCACCGCCGAGGCAGGCGAGCGCGGCAGUGGCGCUCACGUCGCCGCAGCGGCCAUCCCAGCCCGACGCCACUGCGACCACGCCCGGCCGCGCCACGCGUUCCACACGAUCCGCCAAGCCGGCCCACUUUGGUCCCCUGCGCAACCAGUUUGUCAAGCAGCACUCGGUGCGCCUCUCGCCGUCGACGACGUCGGUGCUGGUCCAGUUUCCGCUGCGGGUGCUGCGCCAGCCGACCAAGCAGGCAGCCGAGUCGAACGCCCCCGAUGCAGCAGCGGGAGGUGCGCGGUCCAGCGACGGCGGCGGCGACGCAACGAGGAGCGAUGUUGACACGCGCCGCAACGACGCCGUCGAGGAAGGUGAUGAGGUCGAGGAUGCGAGCGCGCUGGCUUGGCCGUGGCGGUCGAGGAUGACGUUCAAUGGCCGCGAGAUCACGGGCAGGUGGUCGAGCAACCUCGCUCGGCGUGCGCUGCCAUCGAAACCGAGCCAGACCGAUCUCGACCCCACGAGCGACAGCCACCACCACCACCACCACGCCGAGGUGGGCAGCGUGUCGUGCCAGGUCCGCCUGGUCGCGCCGACGCGGGGCAUCAACCGGUUCGAGAUCCACAUCUGGCCGCACGAGUCGUGCGAGCCCCUCCGUGGCCUUGCGCCCGAACGCUACUGCAUCUACAUCUCCAGCUGA